AUGAGAUGGUGCUGCGGUGGGUCGUAUUCUGAAAAUGGUGGCGGAUCUCGAGGGGCACCUCCCACGCCCUUGCUGACUGUCGCCACCACCACCGGCUCGGCUGCCAAUCAGGCCCUCCUCUCAUCCACUCACGACACGUUUGGUCCGAUGCACGUGAAGGUGCACAAAACUGUAAGUUGUUACUUGUUCGGUUCCCUUAGAAGCGGAUCUUCGUGAUCUGCCACAUCUACAGUACCCCUCCCUACCUAAAAAAGACGUUUUCCUGUACUGUGAUUUGAUCGUUUCGUUCUAAUUCAUUACAGUAGGUUGGCUGAGACGUCCGCCAAUUCCCAGUGCGACCCGGGCUUCUCAAAGCAUAAAGUUCUUCGCAUGCCCCUUCUCAAAAGAACGAAAAUUUAUGCGCUGCCUCUCAAAACAUCGUGCAGUUCACAUUCCCAGGGCUACAGUAAUUGCACUCAAUUCCCCUGCCUCAUUUCCAUAUAACGGAGCCCAACAAGGGGGUGCUCAUAUAUUGACACGUUCGUGUAUUUAUACUCAAAAGAGCGUGAAAUAUGUGAGUAGUGUGUCGGUCAACAUAAAAAUAACGUCGACGCUCCGUGCCGAUCCUUCCGACUUGCUUAGAGCCUCUGAAACAGGAGAUGCACCUGCGAGCACGUCAGUUCUCGCAGACAUCCACGUCAUCCGGGCGGAAUGCGGAACGAUGCGGCCGUUUUCGUUUUGUCAGCACAGCGCUCAUCUCGAUGACAAAUCGUGUAUUCGGCGCCUUUUUGCGCGCGGGCUCGCGCUGUCGUCUUCUUCAUUGAAGCGCUGUGAGAGCCGGAGACGCAGAGCCGAUGUGGGGCUCUUCGAGCAGCGGCGCGCGCGAAUUCCGUAAGUAACAAAGUUGGUUGGAUGGGAUAUGGCAACAAAACGGAGAAGAAAAAGAAGAAGAAGAAGAAGAAGGACGGAGAAGGACUGAGAAGAAGCGCUUCUCGCGUCGGCUUCUGCUUGAUGAUGAUGAUGUGCGAGCAGCAAAAAGAGGGCCUUCUAGCUCUUCUCAUCACGAAAUUCAAUAACCAAACACACUAGCACUAAGGGAAUAAGGGAAUAGAUACGUGCAUGCGAUUCUAUUAUAUGACGUGGCACCAAUGUAAGGGUGGAGAAAGUUUGUGCAUAAACAUUUUAUCGCGCCCUUCCUUCGCCUUUGUGCCCAUUCUUCGCGUGCACGCGUCGGGGUGCGUUGUGAUAAGAAGUCGGUCGACGCACGCUCGAAAAGGUGUACAUACCCGGGCAACACACACUCUCAGCACAUAGAUACAUACAUUUUUUGUGCACACGCAACAACCUGUGACGCCGCAUUCAUUGCUGCGCCCAACUUGUCCAGAUGCACGUCAAUCAAUACUUCGUCGGGAAGCACAGGCGUUCCGAGGUUCCCCUCCCUUCCCAUCAAACUUUUUUGAGUGUCAUCGGACAAUGAAGGCAAUUUUCAGGCAGUGAUCGUGACGGAGGGAACUGGCGAGAGCGUGCUGCUCGACUCACUCAGAGCCGCCGGAUGGAAUUGUACAAUCUCGUUUCCCACUCAGGUUCGUUUCUUUAUAAUAAGGGGGCAAGAGCAGUCAUGAUGACAACAAGUCAGUCUGCUCCGUCGCUCUGCGCCGCCCGUAAUUAUCUUCGAAUGUCGCCGUUGUCGUCGCAUUUUCCUCUUCUUCCUCUUCAUCGACGUCGGCAUCCAGAAAUGACGAGAAAAGUGCUCUGGACAAUCUUUCGAAGAGAGCACAAUUCUGAUGCUGACGUGGAGGAAGAUGAAGAGGAAGAAGACGUCGUCGUCGAGAUAAAAAGACACGCGACUUCUGACUAAUCCAGAAGGCAGGUGCUUUCGGAGCGCCCCUGGAGAGUGGAAUAAAGUGCUCGGGGGAUUAGUUGAUGAAUAGACUUUUGUGUGAUGCAAUGAGGAAAUAAUCGAAUGAUCGCACUUUUGCGGUUGAUAAGGAAACGUUACGAAUUGAGGGAUCAUGAUUACUAAUGGUUUUCUGAUAAGGAAUGAAAAUACAGUAACAAGAACAAUCAUUUAUGAAAAGAGAAACAGGAUUACUGUAGUCACAUUCGAAUCUGGAAUAAUUCAGGCGACAUCGGACAUCGAGUCGAUCUGUCCCCUGGCGGUGUUUAUCGAUUUGCGGGUGCCGCAUCCUUCUCAAGUCGCCAAGUGAGUUGUUGUUCUUCUUCUUCUUUUCCGAUCGCGUGAUUGAUACAUUUGCAUUCAUACUUAAUUUCUUUUUGUCGUCUGUCCGGGACUGGCUCCAGCAGGACAAUUGAAUGCGAAUAAUGGCGAUGAGCGCGCGUAACUAUUGUAGUUUGUUUUUCAAUUGGUUUCGGGUGACGCCAGAGUCGUUCUCAGUUGCCCCGCGCGCGGCCGCGUACAAUGUUCGUACAAUCUAUGCAAAACAACCUGCGGGGAUGCCUAGACUAGAACGAACGAUACACAAAACGGGGAGCACUUUGGCGCGGUGCUUCGGGAGCACAGUACGAGACCGAUCAUUAUCGCUCUCCUGUUCUUUGCUCAUCUGAUUUUGUUGCUCUUCUGCGCUUCCGUUUUUGGCGAGAAAUGAAACAAAUCUCAUGCAAAGAUCCGGAUUGUGCUCUCCGCAGAGACGCGUUGCAUAUCUCUCUUUCUCCUCUUCUUUUUCUCUUUCUCAUCUGUGCUCCGGAAUCAAAUCCGACAACAAACAAGAAGAGCAAAAAGUAGGCGAUAUAGGAGAAGUGUAGUACACGCGCAAGAGGAAUGAAUCAGCCGAUCUGCUUAUCCAUCCGCCUUAUCCUCUUAUCACUGACGUCCCAAACGGAGCCGACUAACGGACAGAGCAAUUCGCUGGGGAAUCGUUGUUAGCGGCAUAAACAAAAAGAAAAGUGUUCGUGGAUGGGGGGAAGAUUACUGUAGCUGGAACGAGAUAAAUGACCGAUCAGAGUUCAGCAAAAAGAAGUCGGAAGUGCCGUCUCUUUGCUCGUUUUAAUUGGGUUUCUGCCUUUUAAUCGCCCUUCUUCUCGUUGUCUCCGUCGCCGGCGAAGCAAGCGAGAAAUUGAUAAAGCGGCGGGCGAAAAGUGCGGCACAAACCGGAAACUCACUCAUUCGUUUUUGCAGAGACGUCUCGUCGGUCAGCACUGAAGAGGUCCUAAUUGCGUCGAUUGCGGAGAAGUGAGUUUUUUGAAACGGAGAUCCGACGGCCAUUUGGAGCCCUCGAGGAACAGAAAACAUUUUAUGUACAGUACCCAAACUAUGUUCUCUAGAAAUACAAUUUCAAGAAGUGUCCGAACAGCCUCCAGAUCCCUCUUUUUGUUCACAUGUCCGUGUAUGAUUCCGAUAUUUCCAGGCACAUAAGCGAGAAACGACGGAGAGCGCUGGCUCAAUCCAACAUCAUUCAUGUGAGUGAAUCUCGACGCCUUCAUCAAUCAUUCAUCAGAUUUCUUUUCAGCACGUGACAUGGAAUACGCGUGACGUGGUUCUUUUCGAUUAUGUCGGUCGACUGGCGAAUCGCAUCCGUGCCCUCCCCGCCCUUUUCGCAGUCCUCGACGAGGUGAGACUCAUUCGUCCAUUCAUUCCGCCAUGACCGACGACUUGCAGACCGACCAGGCCGUCGAAGUGUGCGAUGAGCAGAGAGUCGUUCAGUACGUGAACCGUGCCUACGAGAAUGUCACCGGAUGCAUCCGAUCGGAAGUGAUCGGACAGCCAGAGUCUGAGAUGCGACGCAAAUCUUUGCCGAGAGCUCGAGGCGAUGAGGAACGGAGGAGGAGCAGCGACUGGAAGUUUAUACGGGUUCCCUUUGCUAACAAGUACGUCACUUCACAUUGUUUCUCAUUCAUUUCUAAAAGUUCUCAUUGCAGUAGUCAAUUUGUGUAUAUGAAACGCUCAAACACAACCGGUGAAGCGGCAAUCUUCCGCGAUGUGUCUCUGAAAAGUCUCAAAUCGCAGACAGGCGGCAUCGAAGCGCCCAUUUCGGAAGUGCUGUCAAUGUUGCGAGAUGUGUCGGCACGGGUCGAUGGGGAACCGGCACAGACGAUCAAGGACGCGAUGAAGGUGCUCUCGUCGCACGAGCUCUACGCGCCGUCCAUCAACAGAUUCCGAGACGCGGACCGCAUCGCGACUCAGUAUUACGACGGCCUCAUCCGACUGCAUCAUCCGGCGAGACAGCGGAAGCGAAGUGUCGUCGAUGCGCACAGAGAGAAGCGAGGAUCGCACGGAGAACGGAGAAGGGUUUCUGCCGACGUCAAGAAUGCGCUGGAGAACGACAACUGCUGGAAGUUCGACAUUCUGCACUUGGAGAAGGUGUCCGACCAUCACGCUCUUUCGCAGGUCGGCAUGAAAGUGUUCGAGAGAUGGAAGGUUUGCGACGUGCUCGGGUGCUCCGACGAACUCCUCAACCGCUGGAUUCUCUCCAUCGAGGCCCAUUACCACGCGGGCAACACGUACCACAAUGCGACGCACGCGGCAGACGUCCUCCAAGCCACCUCAUUCUUCCUUGACUCUCCUUCCGUGGCCAUUCACGUGAACGAGAGCCACGCGGUCGCUGCUCUCCUGGCUGCCGCCGUCCACGAUCUUGACCAUCCGGGGAGGGGAAAUGCGUACCUGAUAAACACGAGACAAUCGCUCGCGAUCCUCUACAACGACAACUCGAUCCUCGAGAACCAUCACAUCGCGCUCGCCUUCCAACUAACUCUCCAACACAAUGCCAACGUGAACAUCUUCUCUAAUUUAUCGCGCGAGGAAUUCAUUCAAAUGAGGCACGCGAUGGUCGAAAUGGUGCUGGCGACGGACAUUUCGAGGCACUUCGAGUACCUGGCCAAGUUCAACAAGAUGCACGUGACCGACGUGGCGGAAGAGCAGCGAGACACGAACUCGUUGACGAUCUGCGACAUGCUCGUCAAGUGCGCGGACAUCUCGAAUCCGGCCCGAGAAUGGGCUCUUUGUCAAAGAUGGGCUCAUCGCAUAGUUGAGGAAUACUUUGAGCAGGUGAGGGAACGAAGAGGACUCAAGAGAACCGGUGAUUUCAGACCCGAGAAGAGAAGGAGAAAGGGCUGCCGGUGACAAUGGAAGUAUUCGACCGAAACACUUGCAACGUGCCCAUCACUCAAUGCGGAUUCAUCGGUAAAAUGAGGGGAAUGGCGUCACGAGUUGCUGCAUUUCAGACAUGUUCGCCCGCGAAGCAUUCGCCACGUUCACAGAAUUCGCAAAACUCGGAGAGCUCUCCGAUCAGCUCGAAUCGAACUACGAGAAGUGGAAGCAGAUGACCUCGCAAUGGACACCUUCCCACAACACGAAUCUCGUUCUCUAG